AUGCCGUCCCAACAGAGCUCCUUUGACCAGUACACGGCCAACGCGUUUGCCUCUGUGUCGGAUGCCGAGCACCAGUUCGGUGCCAUCUACGCCCAGCAGCUCGGCGACGAGCCGGCGUCUCUCACUGUGGACGAGCCCGCACACACACUCAACCAUCGCUCUAGCCGGGAAGCUCUCUGUCGUCAUUAUGGCCUGGGGGAUCCCCGAGCUGACGUCGAGCGCAAGGACAGCGUCCCUUUCGAUCCAACAUCGAGUAGCACGCUCAUUGCGUCUGCCUCCAACACGCCUUCCAAGCAGUUCAUGCACCAGCACCAGCAUUACAGUCAGUACGACCGCGGCAGCCAGUUGGGCUUCACCCCUCAGCACCGAGCCAUGUCACCACAUGUCCAGGACCUGUCGCCGCAGCCGUCGGACAUGAUGUCGCCACCUCAGCAGCCGGAUUUCUCGUUCCAGAACCAUAACUUCUAUCAAGAACCACAGAGCCUCGCUGGAACUGCACAGACCAACGAGUGGGCAAGUGCAAACGACUUCAUCCAGCAGAAUGGCGGCGACCCUGAGGGUGACAGCCGCCGUGCGUCGUGGGCUGGGAGCCAGCAUUUCCGCUAUGACGAGCAGCAGCAGUUCGAUGACAUUCAGCGGAUCAUCUCGAACGCCUCAUCACACGCCGGUACACCGGCCCCUGGAUCUCGUGUUGCGUCGCCGUUCGUUCCCCAAGAGCAUCAAAACAUGGGCCAUCUCAGACACGACUCUUCGUCGAGCAUCGCACGAUCACCGUCUCCGUUUGGCAGCAUGGCCGCGCCCUCGCCCCCCGUUUUCCACACCACGAGCGCGUCGGGCUCACCUUCGUUUUCCAAGCCACAGUCACCACCAGCGCUCAUCAUUCCCAACUCGGCCCCAUCGCAUUCUUUCUCUUCAGUCUCGGUGGCGGCGAACAUGAAUCAACGGUCUGGUGGAAGCUCAAAGUUUGGUACGUCGCUCCUUCCUCCCGUCAACCCGCAACUCGAACACCUCACCGGGAUGGCUGGAAUAAGCCCUAUCGCGCCCAACGCCGACGGACCCAUGAUCACCAUCCAGCCCAGCACCCCGAUCUCGCCUUUGAAGCACAAUGCGCAUGCGAGUAUGUUCGACAAAGUUCUCCGCAGCGCGAGCUCCCGCUUUCAGCAGCACAACCAGCAGGAUCAGCCGUCGCCAGACCAACACCAGCUGCGUCAGCAGCCGCAGCAGCAGACACCCUCACCACUGUCGAACGGCAUGCGUUCCCCUGGCAUGGGCCAGCAGAGUGUGGAGCAGAACAACACCGUCUUCGCGAGCGACGCGCAGUGGCACGAAAACGAGUUCAGUUCUUUAGCUGUCCAGGGCCAUAUGCGCCCUAGAUCCAAGUCCGACUCGUACAUGGCUGACGGGGGUGGGUUUGAUCGCCAGGCCGCGACGCAGCUCAUGGGUGGGCCCAUGGCGCAGUUCUUCCCGCAACAGCUGCAGCAGGGCACGAGCAGCGGGCCCGGCGAUACGUGGGGCAACAUCAACAUCCACGCGUGGCGCGACGACCAGGCUCGCGAGGCCGAUUCGAUGACCAUGGACCCGCGCCACUUGUCAGGUCAGGACGAAGCCCAACUGCAGAACCAGUUGCGGAUAGAGGCUCUGCAGAGGGCCCAACUGCAGACUAACACUGGCGACGUGAGCAGCACCGGUGUCUUCAAGUACGAACCGGACCAGGUUUCACCCACGACUUUGGAGGCUUAUGCCUUUUUGGGAUUGUCGGCUCCAAGCAGUGGCAUCAGCCGCAGACGGUCGUUCAACGACGGCAUGCAUCCUGCGGCUGGUGCUGGCACCCCAGGUUACGGCGUCCAGUUCUCAAUGCCUGGCGCAAUCUCACCAGGCCGUAUGCGCGGUGGCUCGUUCAACCUUGGCCACCGUCGCCAGGUGCAAAGCGAGGACUUCUCACGAGGCGGCUGGGGCAUUGGGCAUGACGGAGCAUCAACUGCGGCCUUCAUGCAGGCGAUGACUAACCCCGACGACGGCACGCUACUCCCUCCGAUGAACCGUGGUCGUUCAAUGUCACACUCGCGCCACUCGUCGGUCUCGAGUGUGCGUUCACCAUCGCCGGCCCUCUCAGUCUCGUCACAGGGCUCGUCCUACUCACACCACUCCCGCAUGUCCAUGCCUGAUGGUGUGCAGCCAGAGCUAUUCGCCGCCGCGGGCGGCGAUAUGCAAGGUAUUGCCAAGAUGAAGGUGACGAGUAUGGCUACCGAGGUUGCGAGUCAGAGCCGGCGCACCAACUCUGCCCAAUUCCGGUGUCCAAUCGAGGGCUGCAGCUCGACAUUCACCCGCCAGUUCAACCUCAAAGGGCACAUGCGUAGUCACAAAGACGAGCGGCCGUACAAGUGCACAUAUCCAGACUGCAGUAAAUCGCUGGUCGGUUUCGCUCGCCAGCACGACUGCAAGCGGCACAUGCUCCUACACGAGAAGAAGAGACCGUUCAAGUGUGAAGCCUGUUUGAAGACGUUUGCCCGACUUGACGCUCUUACCCGUCAUCACCGAUCCGAUCAGGGCCAACAGUGUGCAGAGUCGCACCCGCUGCCGACCAACCCGGAUGGCUCCGCCAUGACGGAAUCGCAGUACAAAGCGCGACUGGGGCAGAUGAGAGAACAGGCCGGCCCAGCUGCUGGGCCGUCUGCGCACGGAGGCCAAAGCAGUGGCGGCGUCAGCGCCAGCGCGAGUGCAGAUGAGCUCGACUUGAUGGAGGGGGUCGAUACAGCGUGA